CCUACAGAAUUAAAAUUCAAAAGGGACGCACUGGAAUUAAUUAGAAAUGUUAAGAUUUCCCAAAAAAGGAUUACCUAGAUUUGAUCAAACUCAAGAUGAAGAAACCUACCUGGAAAAUUUAGCAGUACAGAGAAAUGCUUCUGCCUUUUUUGAAAAAUAUGAUCGGAGUGAAGUACAAGAGUUGCUAACCACGGCACUAGUUAGCUGGUUGUCCGGCAAGGAAGACGUCCACUGCCAGCUGGACAGCCCGUGUGGAAUCAUGAGCCAGAUGAAUAACGUGGGCUUCAGCACUGCAAUCCUGCUGACUCCCCUGGAGCCUUCUGCCCUCUUAGACUACAGAGAGGUCCACCAGAUCAUAAGGGAGUUGGCUGUUGGAAUUUAUUGCUUGAAUCAAAUUCCUUCGAUCACUUUAGAAGCUAAUUAUGAUCAGAGUUCUUCUUGUCAGUUACCCCCCGCUUACUAUGAUACCCGAGUCGGGCAGAUUCUGAUCAAUAUUGACUACAUGCUGAAAGCACUGUGGCACGGCAUGUACAUGCCCAAGGAAAAACGAGCCAGGUUCUCUGAACUGUGGCGCACCAUCAUGGACGUUGAUCCAGAUGGAAAGCCUCAAACAAAUAAAGAUAUCUUCGCAGAGUUUAGUUCAGCAGGUUUGACUGAUAUUACAAAGGAUCCAGACUUUGACGGAAUCUAUGAUGAAGACAUGAAUGAAGACCCAACAUAUAAUUCCAAUUGCCCUGAAGAAAAAGCUGUAUUUAUGAAAUACGCUGAAAAUAUUAUGCUGAAGUUGACAUUCAGUACCACACAAGUUCAACAGUAUGAAAAUGUUUUUAUAUUUGAAACAGCCUAUUGGCUUACUAAUGCUAUAAAGUAUACUCAAGAUUGUCUCGAUAUUUGUACCUACCAGAGACUACAGCAAAGAUUAUAUCUUCAAAAAAAGGUUAUUCAAAAACACUUUGAGAAGAAAAAAGAAAUCAAAAGAGGGAUAGGAUAUCUAAAGCUAAUAUGUUUUCUGAUCCCAUUUCUACUGAGUUUAAAAAAGAAGAUGAAAGUUCCCUAUUUAAGUAGUCUGCUUCCGCCUUUUUCAGAUGACAAGGUCAAGACAGAGCGAGAACUGCCUCCAUUUAUUUACGGACCAGAUUUUAAAUGCCAGAAUUUUCACUAUCCAAAGCAUCAGUAUUUUCAUGUUCAUGGAGGAAUUGAAUUUGAUAUCACCACCCCUUCAAUUGAGAACACCUCGGAAGACUUUAAGAACAAUUUAGAAAAAAUACGGGAUUGUGCUGCUAAUACAUUUGUAGAAGACUCAGGAUACAAAGAAUAUUACUCAAUACCAGUCAUGGAAUUUAAUGGAAAAAGCUACUAUGUGAUCUAUUUUGAACUUGAAACUUUCUAUCAGCAACUCUAUAAGACACAGUGGUGGGGAGCCAUAAACGAAAUAGUGAACAAUCUAAGACCGAAAAGACUUCCACUGACAGAUGCUCAAUUACAUGAACAAUUUAAGAAAAAAUUUGGUGUCAAGAAAGCUAUGAAGUGCAAGAGUAUCCCGUACGGUAUGAAGUCUGCUGUUGAAAGAGGGUUAUCCGCUGUUUUCCAUACAUUUAGCCGUAAAACCUCAAGCUCAACGAUCAACGUUUCGGAUGAGGCGGGCUAUGCGAUUUUCCACCACGCUGCUCUGCACAACAGAAUCCCCAUUAUAUGUCAGCUGUGCAAAGCUAACUUCAACGUCAACCAGAGACGCUUUCUUAUGUUUAGCCAAGGUCCAACACCUCUACACCUGGCCGCACAGGCUUGCUCAAUAGAAACAGUCAUCUGUCUACUCUGCUUCAAAGCUGAUUACACGCUUUCCGAAAAAAGAGGCUGGAUGCCCAUUCACUUUGCUGCUUUCUAUGACAACAUCUGCAUCGUCAUUGUUCUCUGUAGGAAGGAUCCGAGUUUGCUAGAAGCUGAGGCGACAGCUGAGAAUCAGUGUACUCCACUCUUACUUGCUGCCACUUCAGGAGCACUGGACACAAUUAAGUACUUAUUUUCUCUUGGUGCUGACUGGAGAAAAACAGAUAUUAAAGGAAAUAAUAUAAUUCAUUUAUCAGUGCUAACCUUUCACACCGAGGUUCUCAAGCAUAUAAUAGAGUUAAAUAUUCCUGAACUCCCAGUUUGGAAAACUUUGGUAGAAAUGUUGCAGUGCGAAAGCUACAAACGAAGGAUGAUGGCUGUCAUGUCCUUAGAAGUAAUUUGCUUAGCAAAGGAUGAAUACUGGCAGUGUAUUUUGAAUGCAGGCACCAUUCCUGCCUUAAUCAGUCUAUUAAAAGGCUCCAAAAUAAAAUUACAGUGCAAAACAGUUGGGUUACUGAGUAAUAUCUCAACCCAUGUAAGCGUAGUGCACGCUAUAGUGGAGGCCGGAGGCAUUCCGGCCCUGAUCAACCUGCUGGUGUCUGACGAGCCGGAACUACACUCCCGCUGUGCUGUCAUCCUCUAUGAUAUCGCUCAACUGGAAAACAAGGAUGUUAUUGCCAAAUAUAAUGGAAUCCCAGCUCUGAUAAACCUCUUAAAGUUAGACAUAGAAAAUGUGCUAGUAAAUGUAAUGCACUGUAUACGGGUAUUAUGUAUGGGAAAUGAAAGCAACCAAAAAGCAGUGAGAGACCAUAAAGGCAUCCAGUAUCUUAUCAUGUUUCUGAGUUCUGAUUCAGAUUUGUUAAAGGCUGUCGCUUCUGCAACAAUAGCUGAGGUUGCACGUGACAAUAAGGAGGUUCAAAACGCCAUGGCUGCUGAGGGAGCCAUCCCUCCGCUGGUGGCUCUUUUUAAAGGGAACCAAAUUAACGUCCAAGUGAAAGGUGCGAUGGCUGUGGAAUCACUGGCAAGUUACAACCCUUCUAUACAGAGAGCAUUUCUGGAAAAUUCAUUAAGUAAAUAUCUUUUAAAACUCCUCAAGGCAUUUCAAAUAGAUACUAAGGAACAAGGAGCUAUAGCACUUUGGGCCUUGGCAGGACAGACGCUGAAACAACAGAAGUAUAUGGCAGAACAGAUUGGAUACAACUUUAUAAUAAAUAUGCUUUUGUCACCGUCAGCUAAAAUGCAGUACGUUGGAGGCGAAGCAGUCAUCGCUCUGAGUAAGGACAGCAGGACACAUCAGAACCAGAUCUGUGAAGGGAAUGGAAUUGCACCGCUGGUUCGUUUACUGAGGAUCAGUAAGCUUGCCGAAGGCACACUUCUGAGUGUCAUCAGAGCAGUGGGAUCAAUGUGUACUGGUGUCGCGCAUACAAGCAAUCCCAUUAGUCAGCAGUUUGUCGUAGAGGAAAAUGCCUUUCCAGUACUUAUUCAACUACUGAGAAAUCACCCUUCUCCUAGCAUUAAGGUCGAAGUGGCAUUUUCCUUGGCAUGCAUUGUCCUCAGGAAUAAUGUGCUGCAGAACGAAUUACAAGAAAAUGAAGGAUUUAAGUAUGCUGAUGUCCUUUAUCUUCUCCACUCACAAGAUAAGGAUAUUUGUUUAAGAGCAGGCUAUGCAUUAACCCUUUUUGCCUUCAAUGAUUGCUUUCAACAAUACUUAAUAUUGGAAAAUGGAAUAAUAACCAUGUCAAUUUUUGAACGUUUUCUUGAAUCAACAAUUGAAACUGAGAAGGCAAUGGCAGCAUUUCAGAUUAUUAUAUUAGCUAAAGUUAUUAUAGAUGUGGACCAUAUUACUUUGUCUUCAAGAGGCGUCACUAUUUUAGUCGAUAGUCUGUACUCAGCUCAGUCCACUACUAUUAUCUUGGCAGGGAAUUUAAUAGCUAGCCUGGCUCAUUCUAGAGCUGGUAUUCCAGAAGCAUUUACCUCAUUAGGAACAAUCCAACGGCUCUGCUACCAUUUGUACUCAGGAAAAGAAGAGGUGCGCACAGCUUGCUCCUGUGCUCUUGGCUACUUAACUUACAAUGCAAAUGCUUUCCGCAUUAUAUUAAAGGAAUGCAGGAAUAAGCCUAAUCAGUUCCUUCGUAUAACAAAUAAUAUCAGCAAAGAUGCAAGUAUUAACCCAGCAUUUUUAAAGGAAUUUCAAAUGCAACAAAAAGUGGGACUUCCUUCCUUAAGUCUGGAGAAAAAUGGAGGACCAUCCAUAAUUCCUGUCUUUAAAAAAGGGAAAAAGCACCGAAGAAAAUUAAAACCUAAAAUUCAACCAAGAGAUUCUUUGACUUUAUUGCCUCCUGUAACUAACUUCAUGGGACUCUUCCAAACAGCAAAAAAGGCCACUGUUUCUCAUAAUGUUUUUUCCUUUUCAUCUGCAACUUCAUCAGAUAUCAUAAAAGUAUCAAGGCCAAGAAUAGUGUUAUUGAGUGAACUUGGAAAACAUGUACAAAAAGCUAAUUUGGAACCUACAGAAAGCUAAUAAAAGCAUUUUAGUAUGAAAGGA